CCUGGUUCACGGUUUCCACCUGGAAUUGAUUGAGAGGCCACACUCGCUGCAGUCCAACUUCACACGACGUUUCUAUCUCUUCCUUCUCGUGCCCCCAUCCUUUUGGCUUCUUUUUUCUUAUUCUUGCGCAUCAGAUUCACCUUCUUACGCUCGCUUGGAACCCGCCACGGACAUUUCAGUAGAGUCUGCUAUUGAUCAGUUCUCUUUGUUCAGUUGUGCUCCGUGUCGCCUGCACAAUCCACGUCCUCUGACCAAAAAUGGCUGCCGUUGCAAAUGGCGUCCGGUCUUCCCCUUCUCCCAACAUUCCCAAUGGCAAACCUGCAUCUCCUUUUGUGAAGGAGAGCAAUCCGAUGGGAGCCAAUGCCGCUCAGACCGUCAGCUCCAAAGAUCCGAAGGCUGCGGCAGCGGCAGCAAAUGACAUGCGAAACGUGGUCAGAAGAAAGUUGACAGGCUAUGUUGGGUUUGCAAACUUGCCAAAUCAAUGGCACCGCAAGAGUGUGAGGAAGGGCUUCAAUUUCAACGUAAUGGUUGUGGGCGAAUCGGGACUGGGUAAAUCGACCUUGGUCAACACUUUGUUCAACACUUCUCUUUAUCCUCCGCGUGAACGUAAAGGCCCCAGCUUGGACAUCAUCCCAAAGACUGUCUCCAUUCAGUCCAUCAGUGCCGACAUUGAAGAGAACGGGGUUCGUCUACGUUUGACUGUGGUAGACACCCCUGGCUUCGGAGAUUUCGUCAACAACGAUGACUCGUGGAGACCGAUUGUUGAGAACAUUGAGCAGCGAUUUGAUGCCUAUCUCGAGGCCGAGAACAAGGUUAAUCGCAUGAACAUUGUGGACAACAGAGUCCAUGCCUGCGUCUACUUCAUUCAGCCCACCGGCCACUCGCUGAAGCCUCUGGACAUUGAAGUCAUGCGACGCCUCCAUACCAAAGUCAACCUUAUUCCGGUCAUCGCAAAAGCCGAUACCUUGACGGAUGAGGAAGUCGCAGCGUUCAAGCAAAGAAUUCUUGCCGACAUCCAACACCACUCCAUCCAAAUCUUCGAAGGCCCACGCUAUGAACUCGAUGACGAGGAGACCAUUGCCGAGAACCAGGAGAUCAUGUCGAAAGUGCCCUUUGCGGUCGUUGGUGCCAACUACGAGGUUACCAAUCCCGAAGGUCGCAAAGUGCGCGGUCGACGCUAUCCUUGGGGCAUAAUCGAGGUGGACAAUGAAGAACACUGUGACUUUGUCAAGUUGCGACAGAUGUUGAUCCGAACACACAUGGAAGAACUCAAGGAGCACACUAACAAUGCACUCUACGAGAACUACCGGUCGGACAAACUGAUCCAGAUGGGCGUGUCGCAAGACCCUAGUGUGUUCAAGGAGGUCAAUCCGGCAGUGAAGCAAGAAGAGGAGAGAACGCUUCACGAACAGAAGCUCGCCAAGAUGGAAGCCGAAAUGAAGAUGGUGUUCCAGCAAAAGGUACAGGAGAAGGAGAGCAAACUGCAACAAAGUGAGGAGGAAUUGUUCGCCCGCCACCGUGAAAUGAAGGAACAACUGGAACGACAGCGAGCGGAGCUCGAGGAGAAGAAGGCACGGAUCGAGCAGGGCCGGCCAAUUGAGAAAGAAGGCAAGCGGAAGGGAUUCUCGCUCCGAUAGACGUCGCCAGCGAUGUCGCGGUCAUCUCAUCCAGCUCAGCCUUCUUUUUCCUAGCGUUUCCAGUUCCACUCAGCGACGAAAACGAUGACGGUGAUAUCCUCGAUUCCGACCAACCUUCUUUCUUUUUUUCGAGAACGACUUGUUUGGUAUUUGUUCUCCAGCAAGCAACAGACUGGGGCUGUUGUGGCGUUCUAAUCAAAACAUACCCGUGCAGAAGAAGCUGUGGGAGGAGAUGGGAGGGCGAGAACAUCCUGGAUUGUGCUUAAUACAAGGGAUCGAUUGCAGCACAGCGUCCAGGACCCAAGAUGGACAGACAAUCCCCAAUUUGGUUGGGCUGAAUGGAGGGAUAGGGGCCCUUCAUCUACCCAACAAUCAUGUAUAUUUCCUUAGCACCUUCGUGUCUUGUUUGGGAACGGAGAGAUAGUUGAGCGGGAGGGGAAGUCAUAGGGUUUCUUCGCCAGCUGGGACGACUUUCUUCAAUUUCAUUCUUUCCAACUACCAACUGGCGAGCUUCCUCUGUACCUAUGUAGUUGUGUGCUAGCUCCAGCAGAAAAGUGUUGAUUUGAAG